CCACAAAGAUGAGCCGGCUCUGCCUGUCCUUCACCCUUCUCGUCCUCCUGGUUACCUUGGUGUCCUGCUCCCCAGGGGGGAAAAAGAGCAAACACGCCCAGGUUACUUCUCAGCCUGACUUCCACCUGGAGCCUGAAAACACAGGUCGCCACCUGACACGCAAGUUCAGGUACUACUGCAACACCAACACCGGAAAAUGUGUGGUCUUCACUUAUGGUGGAAAACGGGGGAGGGGGAAGAGGAACCACUUCCUCACAGAAGAAGACUGCUUGAAGGCCUGCCAUGGUCAGGUGGGGACCACGAGAGAACCUGGACACAGGACUCCCCCGAAGGUCUGAAGUCUGAGGAGGACCUCCACACCCCUGGGCUUUGGCUUCUUCUGAAACAGUUCGGUCUGAUCUUAGUCCUUCUCAACCCUCUCCUCCUCAGCAGAACUCUGCCUCUUUCCUUCCCCCAUGGGUCUACUUGCCUUAGUUCUGUCUCAUCCAGUGCGUUCUAAGCACCAUGAGAGCAAGUCUUCCUUUAUCGCUCGCACUUAGCACAGUUUCUGCCAUAAAUAUUAGAGGAAGGAAGUAAUGAAUACAGAAGCACAUUGCUCAUGACCCAAGUAACUAUACAGCCCAUGAUUUGCAGUUAGGAUUCUUGUCUUAACCCUCAUCCUCACUGCAUUGUCACAUUCAUCCACCUCCCCACCAUCACUGCUCUCCUUGUGGGUGGCCAAUGGGGAAUUUCUGGCAUUCAGUUCUCAGCAUCAGUGGGCUAAAGUCUUUUCAAUAAAGAAGCCCUUAUGCCCCGAGGGGCAGAAUUAAUUGGGAGAUUGGGAUUGCCAUAUAUACAUUAAUAACAAGAAAAAAAUAUCAAAUUGUACACUAAAUAUAUACAGUUUAUUGUAUGUCAAUUGUAACUCAAUAAAAGUUCUUUAAAAAAAAAAAAGAAGCCCC